AUGACAGCGCUUGCAGGAGGUUUACAGAGAAUGAUGAGGCCGACUCCUCACCAGAACUACCCGCGGGCAGGAUACUCUCUGGAAGUCUCCACUCCGUUAGGACAGGGUCGGGUCAACCAGCUCGGUGGCGUCUUCAUAAACGGCAGACCUCUCCCCAACCACAUCCGACAUAAAAUUGUGGAGAUGGCGCACCACGGCGUCCGGCCGUGCGUCAUCUCCCGUCAGCUGCGCGUGUCCCACGGCUGCGUCUCCAAAAUCCUGUGCCGGUACCAGGAGACAGGCUCCAUCAGGCCGGGGGCCAUCGGAGGCAGCAAGCCAAAGCAAACCUCUUCUCCAGAGGUGGACAAGAAAAUCGAAGAGUACAAGAGAGAAAACCCGGGCAUGUUCAGCUGGGAGAUCAGGGACAAAUUACUGAAAGAUGCAGUGUGCGACAGGAACAACGUUCCCUCAGUGAGCGCCAUCAGUCGCAUCAUGCGCUCUAAAUUCGGCGGGGCCGGUGAUGAUGAAGAGGAGGAUGACGAUGUGGUGAAGAGAGAGAUGGAGGAAAACGAACCGCGGACAAAACACAGUAUCGAUGGCAUCCUGGGAGACCGAUCCAGUCACUCGGACGAGGGCUCCGACGUGGACUCGGAGCCAGGCCUGCCCCUGAAGAGGAAGCAGCGGCGCAGUCGCACCACCUUCACGGCGGAGCAGCUGGAGGAGCUGGAGAGGGCCUUCGAACGCACGCACUAUCCCGACAUCUACACCCGGGAGGAGCUGGCUCAGCGGGCCAAACUGACGGAGGCUCGAGUUCAGGUGUGGUUCAGCAACAGAAGAGCCCGGUGGAGGAAGCAGGCAGGAGCCAAUCAGCUGAUGGCGUUUAACCACCUCAUCCCCGGGGGUUUCCCUCCCUCAGCUAUGUCCGGCCUGCAAUCCUAUCAGCUGUCAGACAGCCCCUACACUCCCACCUCUAUCGCCCAAGCAUCCGAGCAGCCCAGUACGGUCCACCGGCCGCAGCCUCUGCCCCCCACCUCCGUGCACCAGAGCGGGCUCGGCUCGGCUGCCGGCUCCCAGGACGGGAGCUCUGCGUACUGCCUGUCGGCUGGACGCCACAGCUUCUCAGGAUACUCGGACAGCUUUGUGAGCCCGACAGGACACAGCAACACGGUCAACCCCGCCAUCGCCAACAGCCUCUCACCACAGGUGAUAGGCCUGUUGAACCCAGGAGGAGUGCCGCAUCAGGCCCAGAGCGACUUUGCCCUCUCCCCACUGACCGGAGGCCUGGAGCCCAACGGAGGCAUGGCGGCCAGUUGUCAUGGUUCCCAGCGUCUGGAGGCUCUUCCGGGCCUGACCAGUAUGCCCACCUUGCCCAGCACCCAGUCUUACUGCCCACCUUCCUACACCACCCAAGCCUACGCCAUGGAGCACCAUCCGUCCUAUCAGUAUGGACAGUACAGCCAGAGCAAGGUACCUUUCAUUAUAUGA